UAUUUAUAUGGAUUGAUGGAUAAAACCAUUCUUUUCAAAUCUUCCGCUUGGCCGUUAGAUAGAUGGAGCAUGUUCUUCAUCCACCGUUCCCCUCCAUACAUCAAAAUCGUUGGAAUUCUCUCCGUCUGCCGGACGGGAAGUAUGUUCCCGGUAAAUUCAUCUUUCCUCCGGCAAAAUCAUGCUGGGAAAUUCCUCCCCGACGUAAUAUCUCUGAACACAGAGAUCGGGAAAUGCAUGCGGAAUGGUCUCGUCGAAGAGGCACAGAAGCUGUUCGACGAAACGCCCCACCGAAAUAUCGUCACUUGGAAUUCGAUGAUCCGAGGGUACUUUCAGAAUGGCGAAUUGGAUCAAGCUGUCGGUUUAUUCGAUCGAAUGCCCCAUCGCGAUCUCUUCUCUUACAAUACGAUGAUUGCGGGGCUGCUACGGUAUGGUGAUGUCGAUUGGGCUAAGCGGGUUUUUGAUGAAAUGCCUGUCAGAGAUGUAGUUUCAUGGAAUACAAUGAUUGUGGGUUAUGUGCAUAAUUCUAUGACGAAUGAAGCCCUUUCCUUGUUCAAUGAGAUGCCUGUACGAAAUGCCAUUUCUUGGAACACUGUGAUGGCUGGGCUCCUGAAUUCUCACUCAUUUGAUUUUGUAGAACGGAUUUUUAAAGAAAUGCCUGUGCGGGACAUGGCAUCAUGGACCAUCAUGAUUUCUGCGCUAGCAGGACUGGGCCGGAUUAUCGAGGCUCGUAAACUGUUUGAAGAAAUGCCGGAAAGAGAUGUUCGUGUAUGGAAUGCGAUAGUAGCUGGAUACAUUGAAAAUGACAGAAUCGAAGUGGCAGAAUCUUUGUUUGUCAAAAUGCCAGAACGGGAUUCAAAUUCGUGGUAUGAACUGAUUGAUGGAUUGGUGGGCAGUCAAAGGUUGAAAGAUGCAUUGAGAAUUUUUGGCGAAAUGCCUCAGAAAAGCCCGCGUUCAUGGAACUCGAUUCUGUUAGGAUUAAUAAGAGGCGGGCUCGUUGAAGAAGCUCAUGCAUUUUUCGAGAAAAACCCAUUUAGUGACAUCAUCUCAUGGACGAACAUGAUCGUGGGUUACUUUGAAUUAGGCGAAACUGACACUGCCUGUAAGCUUUUCGAGAUGGCGCCUCAUCGAGACGAGACUUUGUGGAAUGCUACCAUUUUUGGUCUAGGAGAGAAUGACCAAGGUGAAGAAGGCCUGAAACUUUUUAUCAAAAUGAAGGCGGAAGGUCUGGCUCCCGACCAUGCUACUUUCACAAGUGUUCUAAACAUCUGCUCAAUAUUACCAUCCUCAGAUUUCGGAACGCAGGCUCAUGGACAUAUAAUCAAGGUGGGCCUUGGCUGUUUUGUUGCGGUUAGCAAUGCGAUCAUCACCAUGUACGCUAGAUGUGGAAGCAUUCAUUCAGCUUUCAUGGAAUUCUCCUACAUGCCGACUCAUGAUACCAUCUCUUGGAAUUCUAUCAUAUGUGGAUUCUCCCACCAUGGAAAUGGAAUGGAAUCUUUAAAACUCUUCAAACGGAUGAGACUAACUGACAUCAAACCAGAUCAGGUAACCUUCAUAGGCGUUCUGUCAGCCUGUAGCCACACGGGCAUGAUCGAUGAGGGCCAAUACUAUUUUAAUUUCAUGAGAUACAAGUGUUUCCUUCAGCCAACCUGCGAGCACUACACUUGUAUUGUUGAUUUGUUAGGGAGAUAUGGGUUUGUAGAGGAAGCAAUGAAGUUCAUCAAUGGAAUGAGAGAAGACGGCAUUGAGGCUAGUGCAAGCGUGUGGGGAGCAAUGCUGGGGGCAUGUCGGGUCCAUAGGAAUAUGAAAGUGGGUGAGAUGGCAGGAGAGAGAGUUUUGGAGAUGGAGCCUUGGAAUGCUGGUGCAUAUAUGAUCUUGGCUGAGAUGUAUAUGGGUGUUGGAAGGAAGAGAGAUGCAGAGAGGAUGUGGGUUUUGAUGAAGGAGAGGGGCGCGAAAAAACAACCAGGGUGUAGUUGGAUCGAGGUGAAGAAUAGGGUGCAUGUGUUUCUUGCAGGGGAUGGAUUGCACCCUGAGAUUGAUAGAGUCUAUGGUAUGUUAGAUUAUCUGAAUAAGGACAUGGAUAUGAGCUGAUAUUUACAAAGGGUGCAUUUGGAUUUGAGGUUGCAUUAGUAAAGAUAUACUAGGCCUUCUGGUGCAAUCCCAACAGUUUAGCUCCAACCAUGUUUUGCUUUCAAGUCUUCUCCAACCAAAUUCAUCUACUGUUAUUAAACUAAAUGCGAAAUAUAAAGUAUCUGUUAGGUGGGGGAUCCUGCAAAAUCGGAUUAAGCAGGUCAUAUGCCCUCUGCGCCAGAUUCACUGGUCAAACUCUUUUUCUUGAUUGGUUUGGGAUAUCAUGGCUGUUUAACAGGUCUAUCAGAGAGCUAUUGUUGGAAUGGUGAAAUGGACCAUUUAGAGAUCUUGGGCAUCUUCAGAGUUUGAGGACAAUUGAAUCGAACUAUAUUAGGAGUGGUUGAGGACAAAGGGGUCCAGUUGGAGAUCCUUUUAAUUCUUGCUAUGAUUGUGACUGGGCACUUCGGACGCAUGAUUAUGGGAGCCUUCGUGGACAGGCCUUAGGGAAGGGAGGAUUGGAGAAUUUUGUAAUUCUUUGGGGGUGUUUGUGACCUUCUUAGAUUUUCUCCUUUUAGCUUCAUAAAAUUUGUCCAUUAAAAAAAAAAAAAAAGUGGUGCUUUCCUCUGCUUAAUUGCAAUUAAGGGCUCUCUCUUUUUUCUUUUUUCUUUUUUCUUUUAUACGACUUGAGAAAUCACAGUUAAGUAAA